CUUGGCAAAAGAGACUCCUCCACUGGCUGCAGACGCCGGGCAGCAGCGCAGAUCAUUGCCUUGCUCCAGGGACCCAGCAGCAGCAGCAGCAGCAGCAGCAGCAGACUUUCCCCUUCUCUGCACCUUCCUUCUUUCCUUUCCUUCCCUCUCCUUCUCCCCUCCUGGGCCAUGGUUUUUGGGGGGAGUCUUUAGGCCCCUUUCCCCUCGAGAUCCGCCUCCUUAGGGGCUCCCUGCUUGGCCCCACCGAGCCCCCAUCUCCCCCUCCCCCUUGGGGCUCUGUGGCUUCCCUCUCUCUCUGCUGGCUCUUUGGGGCUGAAGCAUCCCUGGAGAUGGCCAUGGCUGGGCCCCCUUCGCUGGGGCUGCUGCUGCCUCUGCCCUUCCUGCUGCUGCUGCUGCCCUCCAGCUCCGAGGGGCAGCCCCUCUCCUUCCAGCCGGACGUCAACGGGCACAGCUUGCACCCGCCUUACUUCAACCUGGCCGAGGGCACCCAGAUCUCGGCCUCGGCCACCUGCGGCCAAGAGGAGCCCCCCGGCCCCAAAGGGCCCCCCAGGUCCGUGGAGGACUUGUACUGCAAGCUGGUCGGAGGCCCAGUGGCCGGAGCCGAGCCCAACCAGACCAUCCAGGGUCAAUACUGUGACAUUUGUUCAUCAGCAAACAGCAACAAAGCCCACCCUAUCACAAAUGCUAUAGAUGGCACUGAACGCUGGUGGCAGAGCCCUCCACUUUCUCGCAGGCUGGAAUUCAAUGAAGUCAAUGUCACACUCGAUCUUGGACAGCCUGCUUUUGCAGGUUUAGUGAACCUGCAAGGGAACAACUUCAGCAAGGCUUCCAAGAGAGAUUGUAUAGAGAAAUUUGGCCCAAAGACUAUAGAACGGAUUACCAAAGAUAAUGAUGCCAUCUGCACUACUGAAUACUCCCGCAUUGUGCCCUUGGAGAAUGGAGAGAUUGUAGUCUCUUUGGUGAAUGGUCGUCCAGGAGCCAUGAACUUCUCCUAUUCACCUCUCCUGAGAAAUUUCACCAAAGCCACUAACAUUCGAUUGCGUUUCCUGCGGACGAAUACUUUACUUGGCCAUUUAAUGGGAAAGGCAUUAAGAGAUCCUACUGUAACCAGGAGGUAUUACUAUAGUAUCAAAGAUAUUAGCAUUGGAGGACGCUGUGUAUGCCAUGGUCAUGCUGAUGUCUGUGAUGCCAAGGAUCCUUCAGACCCUUAUAGGCUACAAUGUGACUGUCAGCACAACACUUGUGGAGGGUCAUGCGAUCAUUGCUGCCCAGGUUUCAACCAAUUACCUUGGAAACCUGCCACUACUGACAGUGCCAAUGAAUGUGAACCCUGUAAUUGCAAUGGGCAUGCCUUUGACUGCUAUUAUGAUCCAGAGGUUGACCACCAAAAAGCCAGCAAAAACCGUAAUGGCCAGUUUGAAGGAGGAGGUGUUUGCAUUGACUGUCAGCACCACACAGCAGGCAUCAACUGUGAAAGGUGCAGCCCAGGAUAUUAUAAAUCUCCAGAUCAUCCAAUAGAUUCACCCUACAUUUGCUAUCGUUGCAAUUGUGACUCAGAGAUCACAGAUGGCACCUGUGAAGACUUCACUGGCCGCUGUUACUGCAAACCAAAUUAUACAGGGGAGCACUGUGAUGCUUGUGCGGAUGGCUAUGUGGAUUUCCCACAUUGUUAUCCAGAGUCAGAUUUCUCUAACAAUGGUAAAGGAGCACAAGAACUCCCAGCUGGCCAGAUAAUAAACUGUGACUGCUAUGUUGCUGGAACAAAAGGGAAUGCUUGCCGGAAAGAUGCUCAAACUGGUUUAUGUUUGUGUAAUCCCAACUUCCAAGGGACCCAGUGUGAUCAGUGCGUCCCAGGAUAUUAUGGACCAAAUUGCCAGGCUUGUCAGUGUUCUGGUCCUGGCUUUUACGAAGGUACAUGUGACAACGAGACUGGGCAAUGUCUGUGUCGAACUGGAUUUGAAGGCUACGCAUGUGAUCAGUGUGCUCCUGGCUACUUCAAUUACCCAUUGUGCCAACUCUGUGGCUGCAGUGCUGUUGGGACAUUGCCUGAAGGAUGUGAUGCCUCUGGAAGAUGCUACUGUAAACCUGAGUAUGAUGGGCUUCGUUGUGACCACUGCAGCUUGGGAUAUCAUUCCUACCCUCACUGCCAAGUUUGUUCCUGUGAUCCUCGAGGCUCUGUGGACAAUGACUGUAACCCUAUGGGGCAGUGCCAAUGCCACCCAAAUUACAUAGGCCACACAUGCAACCAGUGUGCUCCAGGCUUUUAUGGAUAUCCUACCUGUACAGCCUGUCAAUGUUCCUCAGAAGGCUCUCUAUAUGGCACCUGUGACCAGGAGACUGGGCAGUGCACCUGUCGUCCCAGAGUAAUGGGACUGCGCUGUGAUACCUGUAUUCCUGGAGCUUAUGGAUUUCCACAUUGUGAAGCGGGCUCUUGUAAUCCUGCUGGGCUUGCAAGUGAAGAUCCUUCCCUGCCAUUGGGUUCCUGUGAGUGUCGGGCAUAUGUGGAAGGUGAAGCUUGUGACAGGUGCAAACCACUCUACUGGAACCUGGCUCCAGAUAACCCAUUUGGAUGCAUGAGCUGUCAAUGUGACACCAUGGGAACAAUUGGAGGUGUUGCUGAAUGCCUACAAGAUGAUGGACACUGUUUCUGCAAGCCUAACAUCUGUGGUCAAUUCUGCUCAACAUGUAAGGAAGGAUACUACAACUUGGACAGUGGGAAUUACUUUGGUUGUCAAGGAUGCCAUUGUGACAUUGGUGGGUCAAUUGGGCCUGUGUGCGAAGAGAAGGCAGGAUCCUGCAACUGCAGACUGAAUACCCAAGGCCCCAGAUGCACCCAGCCAGCAACAGACCAUUAUAUCCCAGACCUUCACCACCUGAAAUAUGAGCUGGAAGAUGGAACUACACUAGAUGGAAGACCUGUACGCUUUGGCUAUGAUCCCUUGGAAUUUGAGAAUUUCAGCUGGAGAGGAUACACACAAAUGUCGUCCAUCCAGAACAAAAUUAAAGUCUCCGUGCAUGUGAAAGAAGGGGAGCUCUAUCUUUUCCAUGUUAUUCUGAGGUAUAUUAAUUCGGGAGUUGCCACUGUGUAUGGCAAAAUGACAGCUUCUCAGCCACGAAGGAAAGGCACAGAGCAGACUAAGCAGAUUGUGUUUGUGCCCACAAAAGAGCCAUCUUUUGUCACUGUUCCUUACAACAGCUUUGGGGAGCCAUUUGUGCUGAGUCCUCAUGUGUGGUCGCUGAUCAUUGAAGCCGAGGAUGUGCUACUAGAUUACCUAGUUCUGCUGCCCAGCUCAUACUACGAGGCUCCUAUAUUGCAGCUGAAAGUCUCAGAUCCUUGUACCUACAGCCCAACUCCCGAACAAACCAGUCAAAACUGCCUCCUCUAUAAAUAUAUGCCUGUGGAACAGUUCCCCUUUGGAUCGGGAGAAGAUGCUGUGUGUAAACUGGACAACAACUUACCAAGACCGUGUCCUAAGGAGAUCUCAUUUGUAUACCCUGAGAUGGUGGUGUGUAGUGGCAGUGACGUGGAAGUGCAGUUGUUGGUUGCUAUCCCUCAGCCAGGGAGGUAUGCCCUUCUGGUGGAAUAUGCCAAUGAAGAGAUUCCACAGACAAUCCACAUAGCAGUGAGCUCACCACAGCAUGCUGCUCAGCAAGGCACUCUCCUUUUAUACACCUGCAAGUACAGUUUCCUUUGUCGUGGGAUAGUUUUAGAUUCACUAAACCGCUUGGCCGCUUUUGAACUUGUCACGGAGGCUACAGUUCGAUUCAUGGCAGAUCAAGCCUAUUUCUUCCUGUAUAAAGUGUACCUCAUCCCAUAUGAACAGUUCACCAUGGAAUUUGUGGAGCCAAAGGUCCAUUGUAUAAGUGUCCAUGGAACAUUAUCACCAAAUAGUAGCUCCUGUAUCCCAUCAAGGUAUCAGAAGAUUUCACAGUCAGUUGUACUGGAAGAAGGACAGUUACUACCACUUGCUCCAGGCUUCCCCCUGAUUCAUGCCUUUAGUGUCCCACCAGUAGGUAUCCCACUAACAUCUCUGCUACGGCCUCCAACUCUGUUAGAUUCAUCUGCAGAACUCAUCCUGCUAAAGGCUCCUCAGACAGCCAUUGUAUUAAAUGGCCACAUCCAGAGUCUGGGACGGUAUGCUUUCAUUCUGCACUGCUACCAGCCCAGUCACCCAACUUUCCCUGUGGAAGUGUUGAUCAACGGUGGACGUAUUUGGCAGGGACAAGCUAAUGCUACUUUCUGCCCACAUGGAUAUGGCUGUCGAAGUCUGGUGGUUUCAGAGAAUCAAAUUGUCCUGGAUGUUACAGAUAAUAACUUGAGUGUGAUCAUCCGUGUGCCAGAAAACCGGCACUUUUGGUUGGAUUAUAUUCUUGUAGUUCCUGAAGACAGUUAUGGCUCCAGCUACCUUUCAGAGGAACCAUUGGACAAAUCCUAUGAUUUUAUCAGCAACUGUGGAGUCAAUGGAUUCUAUAUCAACCCUGUAACAUCAUCCAAGUUCUGCCAGGAGUCUGCCAUCUCGAUUUCUCUGUUUUACAACAAUGGGGCCCAGCCAUGCAACUGCCAUGAAGCAGGUGCCAUCCGGAGUCAAUGUGAGCCAUUUGGUGGCCAGUGUGUUUGCAGGUCCAAUGUCAUUGGGCGAGAGUGUUCCCACUGUGCCACUGGCUACUGGGGCUUCCCCAACUGUAGGCCCUGCAAUUGUGGAACACGCCUGUGUGAUGAACUUACAGGACAGUGCAUCUGUCCACCACGCACUAUUAAACCAGAGUGUAUAGUCUGUCAGCCCCAGACCUUUGGUUGUCACCCACUGGUAGGCUGUGAGGAUUGCAACUGUUCUAGUCCUGGGAUCAGAGAUCAGAUGGAACCAGGGUGCAAUAUAGACAGUGGACAAUGCAGAUGCAAGCCCAACAUAGUAGGGCGUCAGUGUGAUCUCUGUGCUCCAGGCUACUAUGGCUAUCCAAACUGCAGGAGAUGUGAUUGCCACGAGGCAGGGACAAAAGCAAGUGUGUGUGAUCCAGUUACUGGACAAUGCCACUGUAAGGAAAAUGUGGAAGGACCAAGGUGUGACCAGUGCCACCUGGGAACUUUUUCUCUGGAUGCCAGCAAUCCAAAAGGCUGCACAAGGUGCUUCUGCUUCGGGGCAACAGACCGCUGUCACAGUGCUGAGAAAUACCGUGUGGAGUUUAUUGACAUGAAUGGGUGGAGUUUACUGAGCGGAGAGCGCCAGGAAGCCCCCACUUUGGUAAGCUUGGAAGAGGAGAGUGUUCGUGCCGAUCUCCGGAAUUUUCUUGAGGCCUUCCAGGAACUUUACUGGCAUGCUCCCAGUUCAUACCUUGGUGACCAGGUUUCGUCCUAUGGUGGAUACUUGCGCUAUCAGUUGCACUCUGAUACUCAGAGAGGUGAUGUAUUCAUACCAGUAGAAUCCUGGCCAGAUAUUAUUCUGAAGGGUAACCAGAUGAGCAUUAUGUUUCUUGAAAGCGCCUACCCCUCUCCUGGGGAGGUCUAUGAAGGGCAACUCCAGCUUUUGGAGGAUAACUUCAGACACACUGAGACACACAACCCUGUUUCCAGGGAAGAGCUUAUGAUGGUUCUGGCUAACCUGGAGCAGCUGCAGAUCCGGGCUCUCUUCUCCCAGAUAUCCUCAUCUGUGUCCCUCCAUCAAGUGACACUGGAAAGAGCAACAGAGACUGGUGGAGGCAUCCAAGCCAGCAAUGUGGAGCUUUGCAUGUGCCCAGCCAAUUACAGGGGAGAUUCCUGCCAGGAAUGUGCUCCGGGCUAUUACAGGGAUACCAAGGGUCUAUUCCUGGGAAAAUGUGUUCCCUGUAAUUGUAAUGGUCAUUCAGAUCAGUGCCUUCCAGGAUCCGGAAUAUGUAUUAACUGCCAGCACAACACGGAGGGUGAUCACUGUGAAACAUGCAAGGAUGGUUUUGUGGGGAACUCUUCACUCAGUGGACCUCUGCAGUGCAUAGGAUGCCCCUGUCCUCUUUCAGUUGCAUCUAACAACUUUGCCAUUGGAUGUGUGCAUAAAGGUUCGUCCACUCAAUGCCUUUGCAAGCCUGGUUACGCUGGAGUUUCAUGUGAACGUUGUGCUCCAGGUUACUAUGGAAACCCACUAGUGAUUGGCAGUUCCUGCCAGCCCUGUGACUGCAGUGGAAACGCCGACCCAAAUAUGCUCUUUAGUGACUGUGACUCAUUGACAGGAUUCUGCACAGGAUGCAUGUACAACACUGCAGGACCACGGUGUGAAGUAUGUGCCCCUGGGUUUUAUGGUGAUGCUGUGGUGGCAAAGAACUGCACUGAAUGCAGUUGUGUCUCCUGUGGGACUGAGUCAUGUGAUCCUAGGACUGGUCAGUGUCACUGUAAACCUGGAGUGACCGGUUGGCACUGCGACCGUUGUCAGGAAGGCCACUAUGGUUACGAAACAUGCUUAGGUUGCCAGAAGUGUGACUGUGAUAUUGGAUCCAUGAGCAGAGACUGCCAUGCCCAGAAUGGCCAGUGUCGUUGCAAUCCAGGUGUGAGUGGUUCUCGUUGCCAGCAGUGCACACCUGGCUACUGGGGACUCGGCACAAAUGGCUGCUCAAAAUGUCACUGCAAAGGAGGUUCUUGUAACCCACGGACUGGAGAAUGCACCUGUACAAAUGGCCUGACAGGGAAGCAGUGCGACAGCUGUAUAAAGAAAUAUGAGAUUCCUGUGGUGGAUGGCCCAGACAACAUGAGAUGUGAAGCUUGUGACAGCUGCGUUUUGCUCCUGUUAGAAGAUCUCCAGAAGAUUGAAAGCUCCUUCCCUGCCCUUAGGCACCAGCUGACGGGUCUCAAUGCCACCUCUAUAGCAUGGACCCGUCUACAUAGCAUUAAUGGUUCUAUGCAAGCCAUCACUAACCAUCUUCGUGAAUAUCAGAGUUCCUUAAACAGGGCCAGGCAAGAAGCUGAUGAGCUGGAAGAGGAGAACACAGACUUUGUUCAGGAUUUGAAUGCUCUUCAACACAAGGCAACGAUGACCAACAGAAAAGCUACCCAGGUAACAGAUAGCACAGAGGAAAGCUACCAACAAGCAGACAACCUUGUACAGGAUAUCAGUAAAAUUCAGAACAAAAUUAAUGAUCUUAUUUGCCAAAUGAACAUCUUUGCCACUGCAAAUGCCAGUUCCACCUCCACAGAGGAGUUCCGUCGGAAGAUGGCUGAGGUGGAUGCAAUGCUGAGACAUAUGAAGACCAUAGAUUUUGGUUUUCAAAGAACAACAGCUAUUGAGGAGCAUGAUGAUGCUCGGAAAUUGUUGGAUCGUGUGAAAACUGAGCUUUUCAACAAGUUGGAGUCCAACCAAGAGCUAGUGAACAGUAUCAAUGACCAGUUGGAUCAGUACAGCUCAGAACUGAUGGACCUGCGAGAUGCCCUAAAUGAAGCUGUGAAUAAAACCCGUCAGACAGAGGACCUCAAUAGCCUAAAUCGUAAUCACUUGGAGGAAACUCAGCAAAAAAGGAAGGCACUGAAAGAACAAUAUAGUGAGAUCCAGAAUACUCUGCAGAUGGCUGAAGAGUCUCUAGCCCAGGUUUCAGAUUUUCUGCAGAUAAUAGAAGAUGUCAAGGAGGAAUCUGAGAAGUUAGCAGCCCAGCUGGAUGGAGCCAGAUACCCUCUGUCAGAGAAGGCAAAGGAGUAUUCUCUUGCUAGCAACAAGAUCCCUGUUGUUGAGAAGGCUGAAGGGCAUGCAAAGCUUCUGAAUGAACUGGCAAAAAACUUGUCUGGCAUCAUCCAUGGUACAAAUCAGGAUGGAUUUAUUCAACGAGCCAUCAACGCCUCUAAUGCUUAUGCCAGCAUUAUUGCAGCCAUCAAGGAUGCAGAGACUGCCUCCAAUGAAGCUAAGAGUGCUGCUGGUGAAGCUUUGAUGAAUGUCAUUUUGGAGGAUCUUGGGGACAGUUCAAAAGAGAUGAAGAACAACAGUAUUGCUUUAGAAGAAGCUGGGAAGAAGGAACAGAGGAAGCUCAGUAGAGAUAUCAAAGGAGCAUUGCAGGCAGCCAAAAAUAGAUUGACAGGCAUCCAAACAAAGAAGGAAGAUCUUCUGAAUCAGCUGCAGUCUGUGAAGAGUACACUGGACAUGGUUCAAGAUGGCACAGCAGAGGCAAUCCAAAGUGCCAAAGAUGCUGCCUCUGAGGCCAAUGAGACAGUGGCAAGGAUGGAAGUAAAGCUGAAUGACAUGCAAAAAAAUCUGGAUGAGUGGAAUCAACAAUAUGGAGAUCUCAAAAGCGAAGAUUUAAAUCAAGCUGUUCAGGAAGCCAAGAACACAGUAUCAAGCCUUGAAAGCACCCUCCCGCUACUCCUGGGAAAGCUCAGCAAUCUGGAGAACAGGAGGAGCCACAACGCAACAGUUUCAGAAAAUAUCCUGCGUGUGCGCCAGCUGAUAUCUUUGGCCCGGAAUGCUGUCAGUAAGAUCAAAGUUCCAGUGAAAUUCAAUGGGACAUCAGGUAUGCAGAUCCGAACACCCAGCAACCUCCAAGAUUUGGCUGCCUAUACAUCCCUCAAAUUCUAUAUCCAGAAUCCAGAACCAAAACGUCAAAGUGGGGAUGAUCUGGGACGCUUUGUGUUGUACUUGGGAAACAAGGACGCUGUUGGUGACUACAUGGGAGUUAUCCUGAAAGAUCGCAAAGUGCAAUGGAUCUAUAAAUUAGGGACUGAGGAACCAGCACAUUUAACUGUUGAUGAAGAAAUUGGAGAGCAGUUUGCUGCAGUCAGCAUCAACAGGAUCUUGCAGUAUGGACACAUGUCGGUGACUGUGGAGAAACAAACCUUGCAUGAAACCAAAGGGGACAGUGUUGCCAAAGGAGAGCAGGGACUGUUCAACUUCAAGCCCCACAAUGUGGUCUUUUAUGUGGGUGGCUACCCGUCCAGCUUCACGCCUCCAACACCCUUGCGUUACCCUAACUACCGUGGCUGUAUAGAGAUGGAUACUCUCAAUGAAGAGGUUAUGAGUCUGUACAACUUCCAGAAUACUUUCUACCUGGACACUGCUGCAGAGAGGCCUUGUACAAGGUCUAAAUCGACAGGUGAUCCCUGGCUGACUGACGGCUCCUAUUUUGAUGGUACUGGUUAUGCAGAAAUUACAUUUGAGAGCCAGAUUGGCUCAAUCAAGCGCUUUGAACAAGAGCUGCGGCUAGUGUCCUACAACGGGAUCCUUUUCUUCCUGAAAUAUCAGAGGCAACUGCUGUGUUUGGCUGUUCAGAAAGGAAAGCUGGUGCUAUACUACGACUUCAAUGACGGCCUUAAAGUGGCAGCACCCUCCAAAGAGCCCACUGCAUUGCUAGUCAGCAGCAACACAAAUAAAGCGAUCCAAAUAUUCCUCCUCAAAAUGGGUUCCAAGGAUCGCGUUCUGGUGCGUCUAGAGCAAUCAACCAUCUUCAUGGUGGAACAGGAAAACAGCUUACAAAAUGCUACCUCCUAUUUCCUGGGCGGUGUGCCUGUGUCCAUUCUCCCUGAAGGCCUGAAGAAAAUAUUCCCCAAAGGUGGAUCCAUCAGGGGCUGCAUGAAAGGGCUGAAAGCUCUUGGCAAAUAUGUUGACUUAAAACGUAUGAACACAACAGGAGUGAGUUACGGAUGUACCUUGGACCUCCUGGUGGCUCGCUCAGUUAAAUUUCAUGGCCAUGGCUUCCUGACCCUGGCGCUGAGGAACGUGCCUUCUUUGCAAGAUUUCUACACUGGUUUCAGCUUCCGUACUAGCCAAAGCCGUGGCUUGAUGUACUACCACAAUACAGAGGAAGGGACCUGCCAGGUUUCUUUGCAGAAUGGCAGAGUGGCUGUCAGCCUCCUGACAACAGAACUCACUACCAAGAAUGCAUAUGCAGAUGACAAAAGCCACUACAUUGUCAUCUACAGUGACUCUUCAGGGAUUCGUGUUUAUGUAGAUGACCAGCUUCAGGGAACCAAACCGAGGCCUGAUCGCCUCAGGAGGCAGAAACGACAAGAUGAGACAUCAGACUUUCAACUGGGUGGCAUGCCCAAAGCCAGUGAAAUUGGCAACCUCACAGGCUGUAUCGGGAAUGUCUUUGUCAGGCGGACAACAGAACCCCAGAUGGUUGUAGACUUACAGCAGAGCACUGAGAGCUUCAACGUGACCAUGAACUGUCCCAGGGAUCGGCAGCCGCAACAGAUGAGAGCAUCAGAGAAGAAGGGCAAGUGGAAACCCAAGAUGCCAAGUAAGAAAAUCCUGAAAGACACAAACUGCCAUCUACUCAAAUACCCCAAAGCCAUUAAAGAUACUUUCCAGUUUGGUAGCUAUGCAGGAAGCCGUCUGGAAUUCGAUGACAUUCCAGCAACAUUCCAAGAAAGGUUCCACUUCUCCAUGGAGGUCAAAAUGAACUCAUCCAGUGGCCUGCUGUUUUACAUGACCGAUGAAUCCCUGAGCUCUUUUUUCUCUGUUUUUGUCUCCAAUGGUCGCUUUGUGCUUUUGGCUGAUAUUGGUGGACGUAAACUGAGACUCAAGUCCAAAGACAAAUACCAUGAUGAAAAGUGGCACACAGUCUUCUUCAGCAGAGACAGAAACAGAGUUCAGCUUGUCAUUGAUGGACUGAGAGCCCUGGAGAAGUCACUGUCAAUAGAUGGAGACCUUUGGACCCCUGUCCUUUUCUAUGUGGGUGGAGCCCCUGUGGAGAAAGCCAAGGCUCAU